AUGGAGAAGCUGCAGAUCGGGCGGGACCUCCGGGAUGGUCUACAAAUCCACGUCAGGUAUAACGCCGACGGCGAGGAAGAGCCAGCACCCACUCUCUGUGAUGGCAUCCUGGAAGGUGGUGCGCCACGCCUUCACCACCUCGAAAUCCGACAAUGCAUCCCCUCCUGGAUUUCCGCUCCUUUUAAUUGCGCCCUCAAGACUUUGAAAUUAUCCCUCCCCGAUGUACCUGGCAACCCUUCCGAUUUGGAAAUAAUCUUGGAUACCCUACAAGACUUGCCGCUGCUCCAGUGCUUCGAGCUCACACUUGACGAAGGGGAUUCGGCCCUUUAUGACUGGGAAGAAGACCAAGGGAGAGCAGUUGGAAUCGUCCUGGACAACCUCGAGGAUUUCAUGUACCGGGGCCCUGCGGAAUUAUGCCUUGGGCUGCUGCGAAACCUUGUACUACCCACAUCACCUCCACCUCUCACUCGCUUCCACUGCACAUACCUCUACGCGGAUCGCCCACAGAUCCUGGCCAGCCUUUUCGCAGAAAUAGCGCCCGCCACAAUAUCAGUCUUCGGCGGUAGAACUCGGGAGAUGUACAUGCAUCGCCGCCUAUGUCAUCCCAUCACAUUCACUGGGUGGGCGCAGGACCCAGACGGCCAGGGAAGGGCGAUGACGUUCGACUGGAACUUCUACGAUCGCAUGGCUGGACGACAACCAUGGAGGAUGGGCCGGUGUGGGAGGGCAAAGGCAGGGGACGAGCGUAUGGAGAUCGCUGAGGACUUCCGGCAAAUCGUCCUGUCCUUAUUGCCGCUCUUUGACAUCAGGAGUCUGCAAGUGGACGUGGAGUCGCUGAGCGAGGAUGAAUGGACGAGGUUGGGUUCACUUGCCUCCCUGACAGCCAUUCAAUUUGGCGCAGGCGUUGCAAGCCAGUUCUUCGAUAAGUUGGGCGGCGAUCCGGUACUACGGGAGAUUCUCGAAAAGGGGAAGGAUGAAAAAGAAGGGGGCCAUAGUGACUCGGAGGAGUCAGCGAAGCCAAUGUUUUCGACCAUUCAGACCAUCACGCUGGAUGAUGUGGUGGUUGCAGAAGAGGAGGAGGAACUCGAAGACGAUCUUCAGUUCUACACCACUGUCCCAAGGGAACGCGUGAAGAGUGUAUUGAAGGCGAGGCAGGAAGCGGGAUGGGAACUCCCCAAACUGGUGCUAUCAAAGUGCCAAGGGCUCACCGAGCAGGACAUUGACUCUUUGAAAGAAGCUGCUGGAGAAGUGGUUCUAUAG